CAUUGAGGGCCGGGUCAAUCGGAACACAUUUCUUCAUUUUACCUGUGGUGGCCAGUUGACACUCACCAGUGUUCCGGACAUGAAUGCCACACGGGCCUGGGGCGAGCAGAGAGACACUCUGCAGUCCGUGGUGGAAGAGCUCAGGGUGCCCCUGUUUGACAUGAGAGCAGAGAUUCCUGCAGCCGGCGGUCCUCUCGCCCUGCAGGGCAGCAUGGCGUGUGAGCGGGAGUCCAGUGGGCAAACCAGCGCAUCCUGGCAGUUUGGAUCGGACGGACAGCCAUCUCUCCGCUUUGACUCAAUGAAUGGACACUGGACGGUGUUGCGCGGCGAAGGCAGUCGGUUAAAGACAGCAUUGGCGGGUGACAGAGCUAUGACCCACCUCCUGGUUAUGACCUCAACUGGAGAUUGUAAGCAGUGGCUUCAACAAGUGGUGUGUCCCCUGAGCACACAAGCUGCAUCAGCCACGGCCACAGCCACUGCCACAGCCACGGCCACAGUCCCGUGCAAGGCCACAGCCAACAGGCCUGUCUCCUGGAUCCUCCCUGGGAUGCUCACCUGUGCAAUCAUAUUAUAGUUCGGGCCUUAGGCUGGGCCUUUGCCUGACAGGAACCGAGGGCAUAAUUACAGGCGCCAAAACAGGUACUGAUGGAUGGCACACGCACACUCUGAGCAGCAUUUCAAACCAUAUGAAGAAGUGGAAGUUUGGGUCUGUGAAUGGUUUGCCUCCAAACAAGAAAAAUUCUAUUGGGAUGAUAUCCACAAAUUACCCAAAAGAUGGGGGAAAUGUGUAGAUACAAUGGGCAGUA